GCGGCAUCCUCCACCCAUCGACUCAAAACAAAAAAACAACGUGCUGGGCAGAAAAUCAAAAAUCACAAAAGUCGCGUGGCGAACGCUCCUCCCCGUAGUAACGUAACUGAGAAUGGACGGUCUCAACGAGUACGACACUUUUCUGGCCGCGCACCGGCCCCAGCUGCAGGCCUCGGGCGUUCCGGAGCACUUCUGGCCGGAGCUGUUCCGCAAGCUGAAGCACCAGGUGUUUGACGCCGGGAACGUCUUUUCGCUGCUGCUGAUAGAUUACGGCGAGGAGGAGCGCGCGGACGGGGAACCGAUCUGGACGGUGGCCGUUUCGAAGGAGGGCGGCAUUCGGGCGGACCAGCCGGGUGAGAUUUAUCUGGUGGACCACGCGUGGACGUUCCGGUCGGACAACGCGCGGCAGCUGUUGAACGAGCAUCCGCCGCUGGUGAACCGGUUGGCCAUUAUGAUGGGAAUUGACCAGGAGGAGGUGCCUGGGACGGUGGUUAUUGCGCGGAUUUUGACGGAGGUGUGGAAGUGGUGCAACAUGUACUCGCUGAACGGGGAGGGCAUUUCGGUGGAGAACCGGAUGCCGAUUUGGUACGUGAUGGACGAGUUGGGCAGCGGGAUUCGGCACGGAGACUCGCCCAAUUGCCGGGUGGUGCCUUUUAUUCACGUGAGCGAGCAGAUGACGUACAGUUUGCUGUUUCCGAUCGAGGACAUUGACGAGGGAGAUCAGCUGUUCCGGGAUUACGUCGAGGGCGUUCCGAGCGAUACGAAGGAGCGAGAGUGUUUGCUGUUGCCUUGGGAGUACAGUUCGUUGGUUGAGGAAAGCUUUGCCCAGAAGGAAGCCUCGAAGGAGUACUUGGCUGGGCAUAUUGAGGAAUCGUUGCCGGAUCCGGAGGUGGCGCCGCCACUGUUUGAUGGCAACAGUCCGUUGAAGGUUUACUCCGAGUACGAGUUUGUCAACCGGUAUUUGAACGAUCCGGCGUUUGAGAUUGUGGACAACGCUGAGGAGGCGGACAUUUUGUGGCUUACGACGCACUUUAAGCAGUACCGCGAGUUUAGCCAAACCACGCCGAACAAGUACGUGAACCAGUUUCCUUUCGAGAACGUUAUUACGAUCAAAGAUCUGCUGAGCGUGGUCUGUCGAAGAAUGGCCGAAAAGAGUGCCGACGACGAAGGUUCGCUUGAAGCAAACCCCAAAUGGCUGCCGGUUACGUACAACCUUAAAACGGAACUCGUCGAGUUCGUCAGUUACUUCCAGAACCGUGCCCAAAAAGGUCUCGACAAUCACUUUAUCAUCAAACCGUGGAAUCUGGCCCGCGGCCUGGACAUGUACAUCACCAAGAGCCUCCCGCAAAUCAUGCGCCUUCAACAGACCGGUCCAAAAAUCGCCCAAAAGUACAUCGAACAUCCGGUGCUGUUCGACCGGCCCGAGGUUGAGGGUGGCCGCGUCAAGUUCGACAUCCGCUACGUGGUCCUGCUGAAGAGCGUCGACGAGCUGUCCGCGUACGUGUACACCAACUUCUUCCUGCGCUUUGCCAACAAACCCUUUUCGAUGGACGACUUUGACGACUACGAGAAGCACUUCACCGUGAUGAACUAUUCCCGGGGGGAGGCAAACUUCCAGCUGCGCCACAUGAAGUGCGAAGAGUUCCUCGACCAGUGGGCCGUCCAGUAUCCGAAGCACGCGUGGGAGAACAUCGAGGCGGACAUUUGCGACAUGCUGAAGGAGGUGCUGCAGGGAGCUACGCGGGUUGGUCCGCCGUGUGGAAUCGGUGCCAGUGCGCAAUCACGAGCGCUCUAUGCCGUCGAUCUGAUGCUGGAGUGGACCAACGCCGGGACGGCCAUUCAGCCGAAGAUUCUGGAGAUGAACUUUACGCCGGAUUGCAAGCGAGCGUGCGAGUACUACCCGAACUUUUACAACGAUAUCUUUAACUUGCUGUUUUUAGACCAGGACAAUCCGGACGUGUUCCGGAAGAUUGCUUGAACGAUGGCAGGUGGAAAGAAGUCAAGAAUACAAUUGUUGACCAAGCCUUA